CGUUGUCAUGAAGUGCAUUGCGUGUUUAUCGCAAAUUCGAACGUUAUGAUAUUUUUGCAACAAGCUUGUGAAAGUUAUUAGGAUUUGAUAAAAAAAAUAUAUAAAUAUAUAUAUAUAUAUAUAUAUGUGUAUUGAAAAGUGCAUUUAAUAAAUAAUGGCAAAUUUCCUUAGCUGUAUUGUCUACACCACGAAAUUGAUUUCAUUUCCAAAUCUUGUGGUGUGACAGCCAUUUUGUUUCGUUUUCGUUUUUAGUACACACACGUAGGUUAAUGUCAGCAAUAAUAGUUAUUUAUCUCUUUCCCACUUGUGUGUCCAGCAUUGUCAUGAUAAUUAGACAAGUGAAAUCGUUAUAUGCGCGUUUUAGUUCGAAAAUUGUAUAUUUGACGGCUUGCAAACGCGCGUCUCGAUCAUAACGCGUACGUGCAGAAAAUUGCAAAAAUAUAUGGUAAAAAUUGUUUAAAUAAAAGCAAAGUGCACAGCAACGUUAAUUUGCCAACAUUAGGUGUGUUGAAGAAAAGUUACAAUUUGUGCAUAGUUAAAGUUCAUUAAAAUAUAUCCGAGUGUAAAGAUAGAUACUGACUCAACAAAUAUUAUCGGAUUAACCGAUACAUUAUAAUAAUAACAAAAAAACCUUGAUACAUAGAAGUAUUGUAUGUACGAAAAUAAUUACGUUUGGUACACAAUAAUUCAGGAUCUAAAAUUGCGAAAGCAGUUUUAAUGCUCCACAAUUGAAUUGAUUUAUGUAUGUAUGAAUCUAACUAGAUAAAUACAAUUAGCAAUAAAGUACAAUUCCAAUUUCUUAAAUACGUGAAAAUACUUCGUUUGAGCAUAAAAACGGACACGGCGGAAAAAUGUGCGGUUUCACAAGCUGAUCCCGAAUUCUACUUCUGUUGCUUUAAAUGUGUGUUAUUCAACUUGCUAUAAGAUGCGGCGUUCAAUAACAACAGCAGCAACAAAAAUCACAUCAACAUUAGUAGCAAAAUCAAUUCGUAGUAUAUUAUUUCAAAACACGGAAGGAUCGAGAACUACCUUUAAACUAAUCUAUUAUCACAAUACUAGACUGCAAAAGAGGAUUUGAGUACGUUCACUAUACGAAACGCCAGAAAACAAACACAAUAAGCAAAAUUUAUUUAGGCAGUCGGUAGACAUAAAGGGAAGAACUGCGUAGGCUGUAUAGACUGCCCAAAAUCAGCCGCAAUCAUUAACAAGAAGUCAUUGCCUGUGUACAACGUAGUAGUCUGUAGCAUCUUCCCUAUAUAGAAAAAUAAAGUCUCACUUCGGUACCACAUUAGACAACUCGUUUUAUAUAGUGUUCAUACAAAAAACACAAAAUUCGUACACACUCAGCAAUAUCACGCAAAAAAAAGCUGUUCCUGUUAUUUAUUUACGAAUUGCGUCGAAGACAUCAAUAAACCACCUAACGCCCACACGCGAGUAUUAACAAAGCAAAAAAAUUUCACGUUGUGCUAGUGUGCGUGUGGGUGUGUGCUGUACAAAAGCUUAAACAUGCCGCAGGAUCCGCCGCCACGCGAUGAGCCGUACGUGGAGCCGGUUAACGGCAUCGUGCAACCCCCAACCGUACCACCACCCGAUCGACCCGGUCGCAACACAAAUCAACUGCAGUAUCUCAUUAAAACCGUGAUGAAAGCAAUUUGGAAACAUCAUUUCUCUUGGCCAUUCCAGCAACCGGUCGAUGCAAAAAAGCUUAACCUGCCCGAUUACCAUAAAAUUAUCACACAUCCAAUGGAUAUGGGUACGAUAAAGAAACGUUUGGAAAACAACUACUAUUGGUCGGCCAAAGAAGCCAUACAGGACUUCAAUACAAUGUUCACCAAUUGUUAUGUCUACAAUAAACCUGGUGAAGAUGUUGUUGUUAUGGGCCAAACAUUAGAAAAGGUCUUCCUGCAGAAAAUCGAAGCCAUGCCCAAGGAAGAAAUCGAAUUGGAACCUUUGACACCGAGAGGUGGCAAGAAGAAACCACGUCCAGCCGGUAAACCAGCCACACCUAGCUCUGCGUUGCUACAUACACCUGCCACCGGUUCAGCAGCGACUAAAGCCGCUGCCACCGCCGCUACAGGUGGUACACCGCGAGCACCCGCACGUCCACACUCAUCGCUGAGCAGCACAGUGUCGUCGACUGGCGGUGGCGCAACGGCAACAACUACACCCGCCAUUCCACCCAUUGGGACAAUGCCACCGCAAACAGUUCCCGGCAGCACAAAUACAACAACUACCGCUAUUGUUGGUGGUGCGGGUACAGCAUUAAUAACGGCCGGCGCAACAGUACUAUCUACCGGUGGUAUAUUACCAGCCGGUAGUGUAGCUGCCGGUUCCUUGGUGGGUGCUAAUGCCGCGUUAGCGGCGUCUGUAAAUGCGGCUGGUGCGGUAAAUUCAUCGUUACUCGAUGCCAGCGGCGGCAGUGUGAAUACGGCGGGUGGCGGUAUUGGUGGCGCACCGAACUCAACAGCUGCCGUUGGUGCUGCCGUACUAUCCGCGUAUCACAGCAGUGUUAAUAGUACAGCCGAUGCAGUAAUACCGCCACAACAGCCGGCGAAAAUGAAGAAGGGUGUUAAACGAAAGGCCGAUACAACGACGCCGACUGCGAAUGCAUUUGAAAUGCCACCUUAUGCGCAAAUCGAUUCCAAGAGCGCCAAAAUCGCAACUAGACGCGAAUCCAGUCGACAGGAUCUCACAUUCCAAGGAUCCGCUUAUCCCUUGUCGCCGAUGGCCGUCGCUGGCAUGGCGCCUGGCGGCAUGGGCGUUGCCGGCGGUGUUGGUGGCGUUCCUGGCGUAGUCAAGAAUAAAGAAAAGCUGUCGGACGCACUUAAAUCAUGCAAUGAAAUCCUCAAAGAGCUGUUUUCGAAAAAACACUCUGGCUACGCUUGGCCCUUCUACAAACCCGUCGACGCCGAGUUGCUCGGUUUGCAUGAUUAUCACGACAUUAUCAAAAAGCCGAUGGAUUUGGGCACAGUGAAGCAGAAAAUGGACAAUCGCGAAUAUAAAAGCGCACCCGAGUUCGCCGCCGAUGUGCGAUUAAUAUUCACCAAUUGCUAUAAGUAUAACCCGCCAGAUCAUGAUGUCGUUGCCAUGGGUCGCAAGCUGCAAGACGUUUUCGAAAUGCGCUACGCUAAUAUACCCGACGAGUCGGUAGCCAACGCUGUUGCGGCGGUUGUAGCUGCUGCCCACCAUGCAUUCUCCGCAACAACGAAACGUGGUGGUGUUGGAGGCGGCGUUGGUGGUGUUGGUGACGGCAGUGAUUCAUCGUCGGACGAAUCCUCAGAUACGGAAAACGAAUCGAAUUCGGAUGAGGAGCGCAAUGCGAAACUGAAAUUGCUGGAGGCCAAACUACUCGAUCUGCAAGAGGAGAUGCGCAAAUUGAUGGAGGAAGCCUCAAAUAAGAAGAAAGCGAAGAAAAAGUUGAAAGAAAAGAAGAAGGGUGGCACUGGUGUGGGCGUUGGUGCAACGAUGGCUGGUGUUGGUGGCGCGCAUGCACAAACCGGUGGCGUCGGUGUUGUAGGCGCCGGUGUGGGUGUCAAUGCGGCGCUGGUGGCGGGCGCGAAUUUGCAUGGUGGCGAUUUAGCUGCCGCCAUGGCGAUGGGUCAGUUAGGUGCUGGACCGGUAAGCGUCAAGGGUGCACCGUUAGCUGCAGGCUUAGCAGGCACAGCAGCAGUCGGUGUAACGCCCGGUGGCAAGGGCAAUAAAGUGAAGGGUCAGCGCGGUCCCAAAGCGGGUGCGGCUAGUGGCGGCACACCUGGCGCUGGCGGCGUUGCGGGCGCCAAUAAGCGUGCGAAGGGCGGCGCAGCGGCAGCAGGCGCAGGUGGUGGCGCUGGUGCGACAGCUGGUGCUGGCGGUGCAGCUGCGCGCGGCACCAACAAAAAGAAGCCCAGUCAGGUGAUGAAUUUCGAUUCAGAGGAAGAGGACACGGCCAAGCCGAUGUCGUACGAUGAAAAACGACAGUUAUCGUUGGAUAUUAAUAAACUGCCGGGUGACAAGCUUGGUCGUGUUGUGCAUAUAAUUCAAAAUCGCGAGCCUUCAUUGCGCGACUCCAAUCCGGAUGAGAUCGAAAUCGAUUUCGAAACAUUGAAGCCGUCAACGCUGCGCGAACUGGAAAGUUAUGUGGCAACCUGCCUACGCAAAAAAACUCGUAAGCCCUACUAUAAAAAACUAUCUGGCAAAUCUAAAGAUGAGCAAAUGGCGGAGAAGAAGCAGGAAUUGGAGAGGCGGCUGCAGGAUGUCACUGGUCAAUUGGGUACCAGCAAGAAGACGGCCAAAAAAGGUGAUAUUGAUAGUCGUCCACCGAGAAAGAAGAAACCCCGUGAUUCAAGUGGUAGCAAUAAUGUAAAUAAUUCAACUAUAGCACCCACCAGUGUUGGCCUGACUACAGCAACAACUGUUAGUAGCAUUGGCAGUAAUUCUGCAGCAGUUUCAACCUCAAUUGCGUCCACAAUAGCCGCAACGCAGCAAGCGUCUAGUGCAACGCAACAAUUGCAGCAUCUACAAACGACAAUGGCCGGUGUGCCAGCUACGGGGGUAACAACACAAAGUACGAGUAGUUUGGCGCCGCCAAUGACCGCUCCUACAUCACAGAUGAACGCAGUUUCGGGUAGUGGAACACAAAUGAGUGUUACUCCCUCGACAGCAGCAACGACGCUUGCAGGUGCUGCGACGGAUCCAGCCAUGUCUGCUGUUGCCCUACUUAACAACAAUAACAGCAGUAAAACAUCAUUAAUACCGACUUCGGUUGGUAGCGGUGUUGGUAGUGCUCUAAAUGCCAUGAGCGGCGCAAUAACAAUCGGCGGCGGCACCACUGCAGCCUCCGCGGCGGCUGGUACUACGGCUGCAACCACAAUAAGUAACAGUAGCAUCGCCAAUAGCGGUGCAGCGGGCAGUAACGGUCCCAAUGACUUGACAAUGCCAACGGUAUCAAGCGCUGCCGCCGCACUACUCGCCUCAUCUGCAAGCGCAGCGUCGUUGACUGGCUCCCUACUUACUACAUCACAAACUAACAGCGGCAGCAAUAAUAAUAAUAAUAACAACAACAACACAACUACUACAAAUAUUGGUGGCAUACGUGUUGCCAGUAAUUUACACAAACUGCCACCGCCGACACCGAUGGAUGUCGCUGAUGCAGCCGGCAUUGGCGGUUUGGGUAUUGGCACGCUAUCCUCAAGUGUGCCAAAUACUCUACUGCCAUCUGCUGCUGUCGUCACCGCGCCUUCGUCUGUUGCGCCAGCGUCGGUGCCGUCUUCUGUGGCAUCUUCCUUAUUGACUGCUGGUCUGAAACAAAUUCCACAAUUUGAUGAUCCCGUUGAACAGUCGCUUGCAUCGCUAGAGCAGCCAUUAAUAACGGCAGGAUCGGCGAAAAGCGUCGCGGAUAACUUUCUCAUGAAUGCCCAUCUAAUGCAACAACAACAGCAGCAACAACCACAACCGCAACAACUCACACAUGGUAACCAUGGGCAAAAUGCGUCAGCACAGCAAGCUUUCGGCGCUUUACAGCAGUCGCAGCAGCAACAACAGCAGCAGGCAGCUGCGCAACAUGCGCAUGCCGGCAAUCAUCAUCAUAUGGAUUUAAUGUCGGAGCUAUUAUCGAAGAAUGCCGCCGAAAACGUUUCUGGCAUGAAUGGUAAUCAUUUCCCAUUGAUGCAGCUCGGCGAGGGUCUCAACAAUCGGAUUAGCACAAUGGCCGCAGCGGUGGCCGCGCAACAUUUCCAACAGGCCAUGGCGCAUUCGCAGCAACAGCACCAUCAACAGCAGCAGCAACACGCGCACAAUAACGGUUACAACAGCGCCGCUGACCGUGCGCUAGAUAGUCUGGCGUUAGCCGGUCUGGGGCUGUCUCAUGCCGGUGGCGCCGGCACUGGUUCAAUUUUCGAACAAUUGCCAUCGAUGGGUGGUAGUCACAACGAAUUUCUUGCCGCCAUGAUGAUGGGCGGUGGCGCACCGGGUAUGCCUGGCAACUUGUCACUGACUGGUGGUAAGAAAGAUGCCGCCAAUGCGCUCGGUUUGGGCGAUCAUCAAGUGGCACAGCAAUUAUUGCAAUCUCAACCGCCGCUUCAGCCCAAUAAAUUACUUAUCACACCUAAGCCCAUCGAAUCAAUGAUGCCUAGUCCACCUGAGAAGAAAUCACACCAGCAGGUUCAGCAAGUAGCGCCGCCACAACAAUCGCCAUCCGAUCUGAAGAUACCAACAGCCGCAAGUCUGGGCAGUGCCAGCGGUUUGGGCUCGAAUCAAGCGAAUUUCGCGCAAGCUUUCAAAUCGGCGCACGAACAAAACCUUAAAAAUGCCAGUUCGUGGUCAUCACUGGCAUCGGCCAGUUCGCCACAAAAUACACCGACUUCCAACAAGCCUAAACCCGCCAUGGAUUCGUUCCAACAGUUCCGCAACAAAGCCAAAGAGAAAGCCGAUCGCCUGAAGUUGUUGGAAGCCGCCGAGAAGGAGCAAAAACGACAGAAGGAGGCGGCCGAAAAGGAGCAACAGCGUAAACAGCAUCACAAACAACCAUUGGGCGCAAUUGGUGUGGGUGGUGGUGUAACGGGUAACGGUAAUAGUACAGUUGGUGGCACUAGUGCCAACGUAAUUGGCGGUGGUGUCGGCGGUGGUAGCAGUGCCGGUGGAGUGGGCGGCGUCAGUAGUGCGGGCGGUGGCAGUGGUGGCGCUGGUCACCACACAUCCGCAUCGGCAGCAUCAUUGUCGCAGUCGGCGCAUGCGCACGGGCAUUCACAUGGACACGUUGGCCACGGUCAUGGGCACGCGGUCACCAGCAGUGGCGGUGGACAUAUGCAUUCGACGGCAGCUGACGUCAACAUGGAAAGUGGGAGAAAAAGUGUGCACGACGUUACUCAGGUGCAGAACUCACGUGUAGACGAUAUCAAAGCGUCGCCGCAGGGCAGCGGAUCACCGGCCGGUGCCGCGCAACAAUCGCCACAAGACCGCGCCGCCGCAAGACGUGCAGAGCUGCGACGUCUCGAGCAGGAGCGACGACGACGUGAAGCGAUGGCCGGUCAAAUCGAUAUGAAUAUGCAAAGUGAUCUAAUGGCAGCCUUCGAAGAAUCGCUUUAAUAAAUAAAAAAUCCCAGCAGUGUUGUAGAAUAGAAAAGUCGAUUGAAUACCCAAUACUACAAACAGUUAGUGCUAGCCUAAUAUAAUGCAGGUUUGUGAUCAAUACAUAUACAUACAUAAUAUAAAUAAAUAGUGCGAGUGUAUGAAAGCCAGCGCAAAUUGUGUCUAGACAACAAUAACAACAACUAUAACAAAUUGGAGUUAGAUAUGUAUAUUGAAAAUUGCUUCAGUGUACCCAAAAACCAUUUAAGAUUCAAUGGCAACUGCGAUUGAAGCGUUUCAAGUGUAGCAUACACUACAAUUCAUCCAAAUUAUGUAAGAAAGGUAAAAAAGAAAGCAUUGACUCUGGAUAUUUGUUUGGCUAAAGGCACUAAACAGUCAAAAGAACAGAAAAAAUGCAUUAAAAAUAUAAUUAUAUUUUAGUAGUACGUAAGUGAAAGCAAAAUAAAGGGACGACGUUUAGAAAGCGUAGAAAACAAGAGCAUAGGAAGGGAAGCAAGCGUUGAAUGUGUGAAUGAGCAACAGCAGUUCGGCUCCUUACCGAAAUUAACAAAUUCAAUUAGCAAUUAAAGAGCGGAAGAUGGUCUACAAGCGUUUGUGCUGACUUAAAGAAAGCAGCAAAACGGAAACAAGCGAACUUAGCUGUUGCUGAUAAUAAAUUAAUAAAUAAUAACAAUAAUUGUAAUAAAAAUGUUAAUAAAAUGAGUAAUAAACAGUUGUAUGUCGAUAUGAAACGAGAAUACACACACACACACACAA